AUGUCCAACAACGCUGGAAGAGGUCAUGGGGGUCUUAACCAACUAGGUGGAAUGUUUGUUAAUGGACGUCCACUCCCGGAGGUGAUCCGGCAACGCAUCGUUGACAUGGCCCACCAAGGGGUUCGACCCUGCGACAUCUCCCGGCAGCUCCGAGUCAGCCACGGCUGCGUCAGCAAGAUCCUGGGACGGUACUAUGAGACAGGCAGCAUCAAGCCCGGUGUGAUCGGCGGCUCCAAGCCCAAGGUGGCCACCCCGAAGGUCGUGGAUAAGAUCGCAGAGUACAAGAGGCAGAAUCCCACCAUGUUCGCCUGGGAAAUCAGGGACAGACUGCUGGCAGAGGGAGUGUGUGACAGCGACACAGUGCCCAGCGUGAGCUCCAUUAACAGAAUAAUUCGAACGAAGGUCCAGCAGCCGUUCAAUCUGCCUCUGGAUGGAAAAGGCCUGAGUCCAGGACAAACCUUGAUCCCGAGUUCAGCCGUCACCCCUCCCGAGUCCCCGCAGUCUGACUCUUUGGGCUCCACCUACUCCAUCAACGGCUUGUUGGGGAUCCCCCAACCCAGCACCGAGGGCAAGAGGAGCCACGAUGACAGUGAUCAAGAGAGCUGUCGGCACAGCGUGGACUCUCAGGGCAGCGGAGGCGUCCCGAGGAAACAGAUGAGAGUGGACCACUUCUCCGCAGGCACUCAACAUCUGGACUGUGGGUUUGAUCGUCACCACUACGCCUCAGACUCUUUCGGCUCCGCCUCGAGCAGUAAGACAGAGCAGACUUUGUACCCGCUCUCCCUCAUCAAUGGCAGCCUAGACGAGACCAAGACCAGCCUCUCAUCAUCCGGCUCCGCUAUUGGACGGAAUCUGACGGCGCACCAGAGCUACACCAUGGUGACCGAGCCGCUACAGUCCCUGCCGCUCUGUCUAAAACAGGAAAUGUCCCCAGAAGUGACCAGCACAAGCCCCUCCCCGAACAUGGCGGCGUGCAACCUGGCGUUCGUGGAGCUGCAGGCGCUGCAGAAGCCCAUUUCCGUCAGUGGCAGCAGCUGCAGCAGCAACUCCAGUCAUUUCCCAAACGCCUUCAACUCAUUCUCCCAUCAUGCACCAGUGUAUGGGCAGUUCAGCAGUCAGUCUAUCAUCUCAGGUAAUGAAGGGCGUGACAUGGUGAGCUCCACCCUGCCAGGCUACCCUCCUCACAUCCCCUCCCCCGCCCAGUCAGGAUACUCCUCCUCUGCCAUCACAGGCAUGGUCGCAGCAGGCACAGACUACUCGGGUCAGACCUACAGCCAUUCGCCCUACUCCUACAGUGAAGCCUGGAGGUUCACCAACUCCAGCAUACUGGGUUCACCCUAUUAUUACAGCACGGCCUCCCGCACCGCUCCACCCUCUGCAGCCGCGUACGACCACCUUUAGUCCCCCCUCCGCUUCAGGGGACCAUGACUCCACCUGGACCAGGACUGGAGAACAUCAGCUGAUUAUGGACCAAGGCAUGAAAGUCAAAACUGGAUGUGAACUUGAGACUCUGCUGAAGAACCAGCAACACUUUUAUCCUUUUUUUUUUUUUUUUUUACCAACCUACAUAUAUGUUAUUUAUUUGUUAUCACCGAUAAUGUUGCCCAUAGGUGACUCUGACUCAUGCACGUUUACACACUGCUACAGAAAACUCACAUGCAGGGCCUGUUGUUUCCAGAGACUCAGCCUGACGUUGCACAUCAAGGUGCAUUUUUUCAGUCCAGAGAUCUUAAAAAUACCGUUGUUUUGGCCAAAGACUUUCUUUCCUCGCACAUCUACAACCCGACACCACUGAUCCAGUGAUAUGCAACUUCUUUAUACUGAACUUUGCCUGCUUUUGUUUACAACGCUUUCCGUCCUGUCAUCAUGAAUUUCUUGAUCUGCUUGCAAAUUAAUUUCUAUGACUUGUUUUCACUGUAAAUUCAGAUCUUAAGAGCUUUUCUAAAGGGUGACACAUUAAAUCACAAUUACAGCAAAAUGCCCACACAUGCCCCUCGAAGACAAUUAAUGUAUUUGUCUAGCAAUAUGUACAUAUUGUAAAUGAUGAAUUACUUACGGGGAAGUGAUGCAAUUUUACUCAGAGAAUGACUGAUGAUGCUGAUUUGGCUACAAAAACCAACAAUGCUUGAAAUACAUUUGUUUUGCUUCAAAUAAAUUUAGUUUGUUGUCAUGCUGAUGUUCUGAUGUUUGGUAAGAACUGUGACUAUUUUUUCUUAUACUGUUAUUAAUAUUAUUGCAGAUGUAAAUAAUGAAUUUCUAAAGAAUUAUUUUAA